AUGAAGCCAACAUCUCUGCUGCAGCUGUUGUGUGUGACCUCAGUGCUGUGCUACACAACAGACCAAGCUCGUCUGACUGUGAGUCCCAGCAGCUCUCAGCUCUUUAAAGGAGACUUUGUGACUCUGAGCUGUGAGGAGGACGACAGCUCUGCUGGAUGGACUCUGAGGAGAAACACAAGCAAAAAGCAGAGGACUCAGUGUGGAGAUGGGUGGGGAAAACCAGCUGGUUCUUCCUGUAACAUCAGCUACAUUGAUCCACUGGAAAGUGGAGUUUACUGGUGUGAGUCCAGAGAGGGUGCCAUCAGUAACAUGGUUAACCUCACAGUCUCUGGUGGAUCAGUGAUCCUGCAGAGUCCUGUCCUCCCUGUGAUGGAGGGAGAUGACGUCACUCUGCUCUGUCAAACAAAGACCACUCCCUCCAACCUCCCAGCUGCUUUCUAUAAAGAUGGCUCCCUCAUCAGGAAGCAGCCUACAGGUCACAUGACCAUCCAGCAUGUUUCCAGGUCUGAUGAAGGCCUCUACAAGUGUGACAUCAGCGGUCAUGGAGAGUCUCCAUCCAGCUGGAUCACUGUCACAGGUGACACACUCACCUGUAGACCUCCAACUUCACCUGCUUAUGGAGCCCCAGCCCAUGAAAAAUCCCUGCUGUAUUUUGACUUUACACUGAUGUGCUACCUGGUGGUGUUCUGUCUGCACUUCAUUUCCACUCUCCUCAAAGGAAGCUCAUCUCAGAGCCACAGAUAA